AUGGCUAACGUUUUGGCUUCUUCCUCUCUGAUUUGCAGGCGGGCGCUAGCUCCUCCUCCACUAUUCAAGUCUGAUUGCUCCAAUGCAGUGAUUGAGUUUGUGUGUGCGGUGAACACGAAGGAAAAAGUGGUUAGAGAAACUUUGAAUCAUCUAACCAUGGAGAUCUCAGGGUCUUGGCUGAGGUCAUUGUUGAACUACAAAGACUUGCAAGAGGUCAGGCCUGCCGGUGAUGAUGCCCCUACAAUGAGCAGGAAUCUAGAUGGAGGGAAGUUCCGUGAAUUGAAUCAGAACAAUACUUUACUGACCAUGCUGUCAUGA